AUGCGAGCUGGAAGAAUUCAUCCUACUGAUCCAAACCUUGGUGGUGCAUCAUCAAAUUAUAUUGAAACCGAUUCAGGAUGUUCAUUAAAAUAUUGCCUUGGAACACGAAAUCGGCGUGUAUGCUUUGUAAUAAGCAUAUUAAUGAUUGUUCUAAUUUGUGGCUUAGUUAUUCCACUAUCAGUCAUUUUAAGUGUUUGCAAAAAGGAACAUUUAACGCCACCUACAGGGAAACCAAUGACCACACCAUCUGUACCACAACCACCACCAUUAUCAACAACAACAGAAACAACAACAACAACAUCACCAUCAACAGAUUAUAAUUCUACAACAGAUUAUAAUUCUACACCAGAUUAUAAUACACCCACGAAUAAUUUUACGACUAACAGUCCUGAUGUUACUAUCAAUGAUACUAUUGAAACUACUACAAACUAA